AUGGGUUGCACACUGGCCAUCGUGUGCAUAUUACUGCUGCUUGGAGGGCAUCUCCAGGGGUCAGAACCGAGCCUGAGGCUAGUGAAUGGGCAGAACAGAUGCCAGGGCCGCGUUGAAUUAUUUUACAAUGGAGCAUGGGGAACAGUUUGCGAUGACUCCUGGGACAUGGACGAUGCCAACGUGGUCUACGUGUCCCUGAGGCUGGUGAAUGGGAGGAACCGAUGCGAGGGCCGUGUCGAAGUCCAUUACCAGGGCAACUGGGGCACUGUCUGCGAUGACUCCUGGGACCUGCAGGAUGCCCAGGUGGUGUGCAGCCAGCUGGGCUGUGGCAGGGCUGUUUCUGCCCUAGGAAAUGCCAAUUUUAGCCAAGGCUCAGGAGAGAUCCUCCUUGACGACGUGCAGUGCAAAGGCAACGAGGCCUACCUCUGGGAGUGCCCCAGCAGAGGGUGGUCAGUCCAUAACUGUGCACACGUGGAAGAUGCUGGUGUUGUUUGCUCAGAUAUGUCAGUCUAG